AUGAGUUGGAACGGAUUUAAGAAAGCCGUCAGCCGAGCCGGCACCUCGGUCAUGAUGAAGACCGGUCAUGUCGAGAAGACCGUGGAUAAAGAGUUCGAGGUCGAAGAACGUCGUUACCGUACUAUGGAAACGGCGUGUAUGUCGUUACAGAAAGAAGCCAAGGGGUAUCUUGAUUCGUUACGUGCCAUGACUGCAUCUCAGACAAGAAUUGCCGAGACCAUUGAUGCUUUCUAUGGCGAUGCCGGAACAAGAGACGGUGUUUCGAAAUAUUACUUGACUGCCGUGCAAGAACUAGAUUCGGAGACCGUCAAGGCCCUGGAUGGACCAUUUAGAGAAACUGUGCUGGAACCAGUCAGCAGAUUCUGCGCUUACUUUACCGAUAUCAAUGAAGCCGUUAAAAAGCGCAAUCACAAGCUAUUAGAUUACGACUCGUUAAGGGCAAAGGUUAAAAGACUGACUGAAAAGCCAUCUGACGACGUGUCGAAACUGCCUCGUCUAGAGAAAGAACUGUCUAUGGCCAAAGAAAUCUACGACCAAUUAAACCAACAGCUCAUCAACGAGCUGCCACAACUCAUCGAUUUGCGAGUGCCGUAUCUCGAUCCAUCCUUUGAAGCAUUAGUCAAGAUCCAGCUGCGUUUCUGUACCGAAUCGUACACCCGUCUGGCCCAAGUACAACAGUAUCUCGACGCCAGCACCAGAGAGGAGUACGCCAAUGGCCAACUUGACAGCCGCGUCGAACAGGUACUCCUCGAAAUGAGAGAGCUCUCCAUCACCUCGCUCGGCAACUAA